AUGGACAAUCCUCUAUCCAAGAUUUUUAUUACCAGUCCUGUUGUUAUCGAUGGGGGUUUUGGCACGACGUUGGAACAAUGGUUUCAACUUGAUAUUUCCAACACACCUCUCUGGUCUACCAAUGCAGUAGUGGAUCACGCUGACCUUGUCAUCGAAGCACAUCUCGCCUUUCUGCGCGCUGGUGCGGAACUUAUAUCCACAUCCACUUAUCAGUGCUCGUACCCAACGUUCGCGCGCGCAGGUUACACGACUGCGGAUGCUAGGUGUAUCAUGUUUAAAUCUGUUCAACUAGCCAGCAAAGCAAGAGAAAUCUUCCGGGACGAACAAGUUAGAAAUGGAACGCCUGUACGGAACGUACGGAUUGCUCUCUCUCUAGGUCCUUUUGGGGCUAGUCUCGAGCCAGCUCAGGAAUUCGACGGAUUUUAUCCGCCGCCCUUCGGACCGAAAGCAUACACUCAUAUGGAUGCAGAAAACGGCAACAAUUUUGGCGACGAUGAAGUUGCGAAGAACGAAUCUAUUGACGCAUUAACACUGUUCCAUCUUGAGCGAUUGCUCAUACUAUUCGAAAAUGAAGCUAUGUGGAGUAGCCUUGACUGUAUCGCUUUUGAGACGGUACCACUUACGCGAGAGAUUUGGGCUAUCCGUCGGGCUAUGGGGCUUCUUCAUGAUCGGGUUGGUGCAGGAAGGGUUUCCAUUUCGGAUAAAGCCAAGCCGUGGUGGAUUAGCAUGGUUUUCCCAAAUGGAAUUUAUCCUGAGACCACCAAGGAUGGAUUUUCCAGGAUACAGGUAGCAGACAUAGUAUCUGCUGCCAUUGAACAUCAGUCAAUGAAUCAUCCUUGUCCCUCCGGACUGGGCAUUAACUGUACACAGGUGGAAUAUCUCCCAAAACUCAUAUCUGAGUUCGAGGGUAGCCUACAGAAUUUUCAGAAAACACAAAGUUCCUUAGACUGCGACUCCGAUUUACUGGACAACAAUAUAAUCAAGCCGUGGUUGGUCCUUUAUCCGAAUGGAGGAGAUAUAUAUGAUCCUGUGACACAAAAUUGGGUGGAAAAAAAUCAGGCCAAUGAGGAACAUUGGGCAAGAACCCUUACAAAGUCAUACACGCCUUCCAGAAUAUGGGCUGGUGUGCUUCUCGGUGGUUGUUGUCGAACUACGCCGAUUCAUAUCCAGUCGUUGAAGCAGAUGGUACAAUCAGAUAUUAAUCCCUGA